CCCCGGAGCCUGGCGGCUGCCUGCCUCAGUUUCCCCAUUUGUCAAAAGUGGGCCCCUGGGGCUCCUCCUUCCCAAGGCGCUCCUGGAAGGGAGGGGAGGAGUCCGUUUUUCGCAGCGUGCGAGGGAAGAAGUGCCCGCAGCCCAAUUUCCUUUGAAUUCUGAGAGUGACAGGCAGCCCGACCGUGAGCAGGCCGGAGCCGGGGUCGCCUCGCGCCCGCGCUGACAGUUCGGGCUGGAGCUUCCCGCGCGCUGGCGCGGCAGGAGGGUCUGAGGGCACUGCGAGCUCAGUUAGCGGCCCUGGAGGCCGAGUCCCGGAGCCCCAGUGCCGCGCGAUGGGCCGCACUAGAAGCCUUCGGAGCCUUCCACAGCACCAUCUAGUCCUGGGGCAUCUGGCAGGGGGAGAAUGGAGGAAAGGGAACGCUCCAUGUGCGCAGGCGCGGCCGAGAUCGGCACAGCCCCGGGCCUGUGAACUUGAACGGUGAGACCUGCUGGGAGUUGUAGUUUGACACCCUCCGCGCGCAAGCGCAGUGCGCCCCCGGGCUGGGCGUUCUGGCCUUUGUCCGCGGGGCUGCGGAAGGUGAAGCCGGACCCGGAGCACGCGUGGGCGUGGGAGCGGGGGCAGGUGCAGAUGAGGCUCCUUCGAGUGCGGCCGCAGAACUACGGAGGCGUGGGUCCCCCUGUUACAGCAAGAGGGAAGUGAGGGCUGGCUGGGACCCCCGCCCAGGAGCCGGAGCAUGGACCGCUUCUUCCUGAUGCUGGAGGGGAGAGGCCUGCCUUCCGGGGAGUUUGCCCUUUCCAAGGCAUGGAGGACGCAGGAGGAGGAGGAAGGAGUGGCUUCCAGGCUCCUGACGGCCCUGGCCCAGCGGCCGGUGACGUUCCAGGACGUGGCCGUGCACUUCACCUGGGAGGAGUGGAGCCGCCUGGACUCGGCACAGAGGGCCCUGUACCGGGAGGUGAUGCUGGAGACCUUUGAGAACAUCGUCUCCCUGGGGCUUCCUGUUUCUAAGCCUCAGGUCAUCUGCCUGCUGGAGAGAGGAGAAACUCCGUGUCUGCCCGAGACAGAAGGGCCGUGCCCAGAUUCCCUCAAUUCAGGGACCAAGUACGAAGCAAACGAGUGGAUUCCAAAGCAUGACCUUUUUAUGGGAGCAUCAUUCAAGGAGAAACCAGCACCCCAAAAUGGACCCUGGCGUUCCGAGGUGGUAGAAACUUGGAACUUGGAUGCGAUGAGAGAGGGCCAUAAAGGCAACCAGGACAUACAAUCCAGACCAAUUCCAGUUUCCUCCAGAAAAUCUCUUAAUAAAGUGAACAUCCCUGAAUGCAAUACAGUGGACAGGAGUUUUAGUCUAGAGUCUAUCUAUGUUCCACCACAGAGAGUUUCUACGGAGAAAAGUCUUCAUAAAUAUGACACUCUUGUUAAGAGCUUCAGGCAAUUUUCAGACUUAAUUGAUUGUAAUAGACUCUCCUUGGGAAAGAAGCUUUGUAAGUAUAAUAAAUCUAGGAAUCCUUUUAGUUACCAUUCAGACCUUAUUCAGUUCCAUAGAAUAUAUAAUGAUGAAAAGAUAUAUGAAUGUAAUGAAUGUGGCAAGACCUUUGGGAAAAAAGCCUAUCUCACUCAACAUCAGAGGAUUCAUACUGGGGAAAAGCCCCAUAAAUGUAAUGUAUGUGGGAAAGCCUUCAGUCACAGGGAAAAUCUGACUCAUCAUAAGAGAAUUCAUACAGGAAAGAAACCUUAUCAGUGUAAUGAAUGUGGAAAAGCCUUUAGUCAGUGGGGAACUCUAACUGCACAUCAGAGAAUUCAUACUGGAGAGAAACCCUAUAUAUGUAAUGAAUGUGGAAAAGCCUUCUGCCAAAGAGGAACCCUUAAUGUACAUAAAAGAAUCCACACUGGAGAGAAACACUUUGAAUGCAAAGAGUGUGGGAAAGCCUUCAGCAACAAUUCAUGCCUUAAUCUACAUCAGAGAAUUCAUACUGGAGAGAAACCCUAUAAAUGUAACGAAUGUGGAAAGGACUUUAGACAUCGAGCAUCUUUUAUUUAUCAUAAGAGAAUUCAUACUGGGGAGAAACCCUUUGAAUGUAACGAAUGCGGGAGAGCUUUCAGCAAGAAAGGGAAUUUUAUUGAACAUCAGAGAAUUCAUACUGGAGAGAAGCCCUUUAUAUGCAGUGAAUGUGGGAAAGGCUUCAUCAACAAUACGCGCCUUAAUCUGCAUCAGAGAUUCCACACGGGAGAGAGACCCCAUAAAUGUAACGAAUGUGGCAAAGCGUUCAGGCACAGGGGAAGCCUUAGUGCACAUCGUAGGAUUCAUACGGGAGAGAGACCUCACAAGUGCACUGAAUGUUUGAAAGCCUUUGGCCAGAGGGGACAGCUUAUCAAACACCAGAGAGUCCACGCAAGGGCAAAAGCCCACGGGUUUGAUGAGUUCGGAAGACCCUUCAGUCAGUGGGGCAGCCUUGCGGAGCAAAAGAGAAUCCCCGUCAAGAAACCCUUUGUGUGCAAUGAAUGUGGGAAAGCCUUCAGCCAGAACUCCAACCUCGUUCUACAUCAGAGAAUUCAUACUGGAGAGAAGCCCUUUGUGUGUGAAGAAUGCGGGAAAGCCUUCAACCAGAAGGGAAACCUUAACGAACACAAGAGAAUUCACACUGGGGAGAAGCCCUUUAUCUGUAACGAGUGUGGGAGGGCCUUCAGCCGCAGAGGACACCUUACGGAGCAUAAGAUAAUUCACACUGGAGAGAAACCCUUUGAGUGUAACGAGUGUAGGAGAGCCUUCAGACGGAAGAGACAUCUGACUGAACACGUGAAAAUCCACUCUCGAAAGUAACCUUGGGAUAUGACGACUAUAGGAAAGCCAUUAGCCAGAAGAAACAUUAUCAUGGAUAUCAACGAAUUCGCUUGGGGGAGAAAUCUUUGUCAUUAAUGUGGAAAAGGCUCAGGACCCUUGUGAAGUGUUGGAGAACUGAAGAAGAACGCGAUGGAGUAACCCUGGAAAAUCGAGAGGACCUCGUUCAUCUCCCAAGGUACCAGGAACUUAACCCUUGGCUACUGGCAGGCAGAAAGGGCUUUUAGUGAUGAUCUGAUCCAAUAGCCUCGUUUUCAGAUUCAGGAAAUGGCAGCAAAGGCGAAGUUCCCCUGGACCCAAAGGACCUGGGCUCUGAUCCUGCACCUGCUUGCUCCCUCUGGGACUUUGGAUGAGGCUCACGGCCUCUGUUUUCUCUUCUGUAAAACUAUCAUCAACCUUUCUGACCUCUGCUGUGAUACUGUGGCCCAGACCCGGAGUCUCUGAUUCCAUAUUCAGGUUGCACCAUCUCUGAUGCUUUGGGGUUACGCCAUUUUUGUGGGAAAGCUUUUCUAACCCCUCGGUAUGGGUUAAAUGCUCGAGAGUGAGGCUGCAGUUGGUCACCAGCCCUCUCCUGACUUGGUGCUUUGAGAGGCAGAAACACCUCUGGCCUCUGUCCCUGUCCCUCUCUAUUCCAGAACGUGUUGGCUGCCUUCCCAUGGCCUUCAUCAGGGCAGCCAGAGGGGUCCGUGUGAAAUGGACUGGAAAGCUAAAGAAAUAGAUAUAUUUUCAAUCAAAACCACCAAAAUGUUAUUUAUUUAGUUAUUUGUACAGGAUUUGCUUUCUGUUUUCCUUUUUAUGCUAAAGUUAUUAACCAUCCACAACCAAAAAAAAUCAAAUUAAUUAAGUGUAAAAGAUUGUUGUACAUUAACUGUAUAUCACCUUAUUGACUGUUAAAUAAAGCAAGCUGCACUCUCGCCCACGUCCACAAAAUGGCAACAAGAAGACUGUUUCUCUGUCCCCUUGUGGCCCGUGGUUCUUUGUGAAUCUUUCCGGAUGUUGCUGUCAUGUACUUGGUUGUAGUCUUUGAAUAUAUAUUAUUGUUCCGGAUGCUUUCUUUAUCUGUGUCGGUUCAUGUGCCUUCCCAUCUUCCUCUGUCGUCUUUAUAUUUGUGAUUUGUUGUGGGGUUUUAAUAUUCAGUUUAAUUCUGAUGGUAUACAGCAGAGCUUUUUAAGCUUUUUCCAGUACCACCCCUUUUUGCCUAAGAAAUUAUUACAUGGGGGCAGCUAAGUGGUGCAGUGGAUAGAUCACCAGCCCUGAUGUCAAGAGGACCUGAGCUCAAAUCUGGCCUCAGACACUUAACACUUCCUAGCUGUGUGACCCUGGGCAAGUCACUUUAACACCAAUUACCUCAUCAAAAAAUAAAUAAAAAUAAAAAUUAUUGCAUGACCGUGGGUAUAUAGGUAUAUAGAGUAAGUACAUAAAUGAAAUAUUUACUGACAAUAAAAAUUUCACAUGGCCCCCUCAUUCAGUUACAAGACCCUAUAUGGAGUUGAGAAUGACGGAUUAAGAAGCUAGGGAAUAGAGGAUAAAGUUCUAGACACAGAGUCAGGAAGACCUGAUUAGACAAGGAACAAGAAGCUUGACUCUGAGCAAGUCAUUUAAUCAGUCUGUCUCAGUUUCCUCAGCUGUAAAAUGGGAAUAAUAGCACCUACCUCCUAGGGUUAUUGUAAGGAUGAGAUAAGGUUUGUGAAGGCACACAGGAGGUGCAAUAGAAAUGCUUGUUCCCAGCUUAAAACCUUUUGGAGAGCAGCAUAGUGGGAGGACAGAGAAUCGGUCUGAGACCUGACUAGGGAUUCCAGUCCCACCGCUCAAAUCCCAUCCUAGGGCCCAUCUGGGCCCACAGCACAUCUCUGAGGACAGAAGUCGCAAAGCAGGCCUUGAAUUUCCUUCCUACACCAACUUUUCUCAAGCUUUAAGACCCCUCCAUGUUUUAAGAACCCCAACAACUUUUGUUUCUGUGGUUUAUGUUCACUAAGGUGCUUAAGUCAGCUUCUACCAACUCAGUGUAGCUGAUCAUUAAAUUUUCAGGAAUUCUUGUGAGCUGGUUGUUAAACCACCCUUAUUAACAAUUAUCUAAGCAUGCAUAUGUUAAAAUAAAGGUAACAAAUAAACCUCAUCCUAAUCAUUUGCUGCAUUUUACUACUGCCUAUGAGGUUAUUUUCAUCUGUUUGCUUGGUGAAGCUAGCACAGAUAGCAGAGAUGUAUUACGUAAGAUUCAUCUCUUCCCAGUUACAUGUUUGGUGAUGUAUGUAUAUGUGUGCAUGCGUUCUGCCUCCCUUCUGUGGAGAGCUGGUUGUUAAACAUUUACCAGCGUACCACUGGUUUUAUUGAUGAAUGUGUUAAAAAUUAAAACGGAUACAAUUUGAAAAUAGUUUUCCAUUUUAAAAUAGCAAUAAAUCAAUUACAUAAGAUGA